ACUGCCAUAGCUCUAGUUCUCUCCGCUCACUCACCCGCGCCCACUGCGUGCGUGUAUAUAAGGCGGGCAGGCGGCCAUCCCCUUCCCCAAAUCAUCACAAGCUAGACACUUGCAUCUGCGGAAGAUCGAUCAGUAGCUGACCAAACCAAUCAAGCCUCGCUCCAACACGAGCAUUUCCCGAGUUUCUGUCUCUCCUUGACAGCUAGCACAGCAGCAAGCAAUGAAGCAAAAGAUUGUCAUCCAGUUGAGCAUAUCAUGCGACAAGAGCCGGUCCAAAGCCCUGACGCUGGCCGCCAGAGCAGCCGGGGUGACAUCCAUGGGGAUAACCGGCGACGCCAGGGACCAGCUGGAGGCGGUCGGCGACGGCGUCGACCCUGUGUGCCUCGUCAGCUGCCUCCGAAAGAAGCUCGGCCACGCCCAAAUCAUCAAGGUGGAGGAAGUGAAGAAGCCGGAGGAGAAGAAGAAGGAUGAGCCGAAGCCGGCGCCGGCCGUGGCGGUGCACCCGCCGCCGUACUACUACCCACCCAGCUACUACUACCACCAGUACCAGCCGGCGCACAUGGUCGUCUGCGACGAACAGCCCAGCAACUGCCGGACCAUGUAACUGCCAGAGAUCCAUUCUGACGUCACAAAAACCAUAGCUAGCCCUCAGACCGCUGCACGACACAAAGGAAACAACACGAGUCGACCACAUCCAUGACAAAUGGGUGGCACAUUCACGAAUAAAAAUGCCGGAUCCUCCACAAUGACCAAAAAUUUGAUGGCAGAUAACUAUCUUUGCUCAAUUCCAAGGCAUAAAAUCUGAUAUUUGUGCCCGAAGCCAUGGAGAAGGAGACGUGGAGAAAGAGAUUUAGAUGAGCGGUGAUUCAGGAGAGGAUUUCUCGGAGGGAGAGAGAUUCAGUAGAGGACAUCUUACCAUAGUUCUCACUCCAUGCCGAUUUCGCAAUAGAUUUGAGAAAUAAUAUGAUUCAGUUUCCUUAGUUUGAGAUGGAGCCUUUCCCUCUUUCUUUCAAGGAAUAUGGAGCCUUUCCCACCGGGAGAUGGUGACAGGAUAGAACCAAUUAAUUACCAUAGGCUAAUUUGUCGUGUUCACUGCUUAAUUAAAGAAGAGGUAAGAGGAGCCACGUUAAAACUGCUCGUGCAUGUGUGGUGUGCACAGAUGGCCAUCCUAAUUUAUUUUUUUAAAUGUUACUAUAUUUAUACUCACUUCGUCCCAUAAUGUAAGACGUUUUUGUAAGCUAACGAAAUACUCCUAAAAUACCAACUUAUAAUAUUCUGCUAGUAUACACUCAGUGGCGGCUUCAGGAAUUUACAACUGGGUAUUCA